GCUGGUGGAUGUUUGUGUCGUUGCAUGAUUUCUCUUUGAUGAUGAUCUUUGAGUCCGCCGUCCGUUCCUUGGUUUGUCGUGUUUUCAUUCGCCGUUGAUCGUCCGUGGGCGGUUAUUGAUGUUGUUCAGUCCAGAUCUCGGUGUGUUGGACUGUGGUAUUGUCGACGGUCUGUGUUGGCGGUUUGACCUGAUUGGACAUGGUUUCUAGGGGUCCUCUGUGUCUUUUGGGGAAAUGGUUGUGAAAACUAGAUAGAUUGUCAGACUUGUGGCUUUAGGCCCAGCAUGGUCGGUUUCAUCGCUUCGUUGUUGAUGGUGACACAGUCGAGCUGGGUGGUGACAGAGUGUUGGAGAGGGAUUUGUUUUCUUCUGUGAGUGUCUAUUUAGUUCCGACUUUCUUUUAGGUUCUGGCGCAGUGCCUGGAACGUUUGUCCAAUACUUCGAUGAGGGCAAUUCUGGAGUUUUAUGAAGUGCGGUAAGUUUACUUUCGAUUGAAACGAGAAUGAUGUUACAUCUGUGCAGCAAGGGGGUUCUGGAGAUGUGGAUGGUGUUGCCCCUGAGUCUCUUUUUCAUUGGAGUAAAGCUGGCUUUUCCCUGGUUCAUGAUGCAGAUUAUGUUGAAGCACUCAUCAUUGUAUUCUUCAAAAUGGUCGGGGCCAUUUCAUAUUGCAGUCUGGUUUUUGAAUGGACAAAGGAGAGAGAUCUUUGUUUGGAUCAGUCAUCUAACAGCUGGGGGACGCCAUCUUGGAUCUUGUGAGAGUCGCUGUGACACACGUCCUCCUCAAUCCAAUGUGUCCUCAAUGACACAUACUUUCUGCACUUAGAAGUUAUCCACUGAAGCUGCACGUCAGCCAAACCCUUUUAUGUGUGUUCCCCGUUGUUACCACAAUGGAUGCUGACAUCACUGCAGCACUGACGCCUCACUGGGUGAGCUCUAACCAACGGCUCGUAGCACAAACUGUUUCAUAACUGUUAUGGAGUUUCUCUCUUUUAUAGCUGGCCAAAAGUGGAAAAUAAGUGAUGCCAACAGUAAAUAAAAUAAAAACCAGGCUUCCCAUGAGAAGAGGAAAGUUUGCAGCCAUCACAGCUUGAUCAUGGUCCUUUCAAAAAGUUAUAGUUUUACACUAUUUCAUGCACUUUGAGGUUGUCUGGUACUGACUUGUGUAAAUAUUCCAAUGAAUGAUGGCUGUACUUCAGUUUCAGGGUCCUGGUAUUGUUCAUGCUGACUCACUGCCUCCAAACAACGGCCCCCCUCCUCUGCCCAGCUCCUCUCUACCAGAAGGCUACUACGAGGAAGCGGUUCCUUUAAGUCCUGGAAAGGCUCCUGAAUACAUCACUGCCAACUAUGACUCAGACGCCAUGAGCAGCUCUUAUGAGUCGUACGACGAGGAAGAGGAGGAUGGGAAGAGCCAGAAGACGCGUCACCAGUGGCCAUCUGCAGAAGCGUCCAUGGACCUGGUGAAGGACGCUCGGAUCUGUGCCUUCCUGCUGCGCAAGAAGCGCUUCGGCCAGUGGACCAAACUCCUCUGUGUCAUCAAAGACAACAAGCUGCUGUGUUACAAGUCCUCCAAAGACCACACCCCCCAGAUGGAGCUGACCCUGACGGGGUGCAGCAUCAUUCACAUCCCCAAAGACAGCAAGAAGAAGAAGCACGAACUGAAGAUUGUCCACCAGGGGGCGGAUGCCCUGGUGCUGGCUGUGCAGAGCAAAGAGCAGGCCGAGGAGUGGCUCAAGGUGAUGAGAGAGGUGUGUGUUAAUGGGGGUGUAGACUCGGAUCGAGCUGGAUCUGCAUCACCUGUUCACAAACCGGAACUGGAAAAGAAGGCACCGUGUGACAGACCGAGCUCCGAUGGGGAAGUGACUCAUGAGAACGGACAGAGCGACUGCAAGGACCACGCAAAAGGAAAGAAGAACUCAAAGUCUGAGCAUAAGACGGGGACAGUGGGGAAGGGAGCAGGAAAGAAGAUCACUAAGAUCAUCGGGCUGGGGAAGAAGAAGCCGUCCACAGAUGAGCAGACGUCGUCAGCAGAAGAAGAAGUGCCCUCAUGUGGCUACCUCAACGUGUUGUCCAAUAACCGCUGGAGGGAGCGCUGGUGCCGCCUGAAGGACAACCAGCUGCUGCUCCACAAGGACCGCGAUGACCUGAAGAGCCACAUCGCCUCUCUGCCCCUGAGAGGCUGUGAGGUCAGCCCGGGCCUGGACCACAAGCACCCCUUCGCCUUCCGCCUGCUGCGCAACGGCCAGGAGGUGGCCGUGCUGGAGGCCGCCUCCUCUGAGGAGAUGGGUCGCUGGUUGGGGAUUCUAUUGGCUGAGACCGGCUCCAGCACCGACCCCGCCACGCUGCACUACGACUACAUCGACGUGGAGACCACCGCCAACGUCAUCCAGCUGGCCAAGCAGUCCUUCUGUUUCACCAGUAAGCGCGCCGUGUCUCCCAACCCGUACCUGGACAGCCCCGUCAAUGGCUACUCCUGCCCCACUGGGAUGGCGCUGCACUACGACGACGUGGCCAUCAACGGAGCGGACCCGGAGGUGCAAUACUCCAGUCCCAACACAAGGGGGAGCCAGCUGAAAGAGGAGAUGCACUAUGAGAACGCUGACCUCUAUGAAAACAUGCCCUCUGCUCCCAAGCCUUCCUCUUCUUCCCCCUCCUCCUCCUCCUCCAGUCGCUACAGAACGCCUGUUUCUAAAGUCUCUUCUAAGUUCCUGGCGGCUGACUCUAAAACUAAAGCUUCUGCUCAGCUGAAGGGAAAGAAGGGAACGGGGUCCAAUGGGACGGCCUCCAAACAGAAGCCUGAGCCCAAGAGCCAGACCAAGAAGACCGCAGUCAAUGGGACCAGUGGGACGGCCUCUCUGAGACGGAACGGCUCCAAUGCAGAGCAGUGCAUGUACGGGAAGAACCGCGUGGAGGCCGACGCCAAGCGGCUGCAGGCCAAGGAGGACGAGCUGAUGAAGAGGAAGCAGGAGAUCCGCAGCCGUCUGACCCAGCUGAAGAAGGAGAGGAGAGACCUGCGCACCGCGGUGGAGGCUGCUGCUGGCAAACGCGCCCACGCCUCGCUGUCGGAGCAACUGAAGAAGGUGGAGGAGGACUGCAGGCAGCGGGAGGAGGAGCGGGUCAACCUGGAGCUGGAGCUGACGGAGGUGAUGGAGAGCCUGAAGAAAGCCCUGAGCGGGGGGGUCACCCUGGGCCUCACCAUCGAGCCCAAAGCAGGCGUCUCCGGAGUCCAGUCGCCAACGACGCUGCGGCGGGCCCAGGAGUCGUCUUCCUUCUCCAGCUGCGACACCAGUGACACCGAGUCCUGCUCCCUGCCGGUCAACAGCGCCUCACUGCUCCGCCGGCAGCAGGGGGGCCUGAAGGCAUCACCAGUCCGGGGACAUGUCCUCAGGAAGGCCAAGGAAUGGGAGCAGAAGACCGGCACAUAAAGCAGCCGCUCCACUUUCACCUUUUUGUUUUCUUUUAAGAAAUUGUGCAUAUAUUUAUUUCACACUGUUGAUGGAGUUGAGGAGCAGACGGUGUAACAUGGAGCAUGUUGUGUUGCAGCUCUUCUUCCUCUUCAGUCACGUUGUUCUUGAUCGUUCAAAAAGGUCCAAACCCAGUAUUUAUUUGUAAAUGUUACGAGGAAUUACCAGCUUCCCUUUUUUAUUUAUGUUGAUGUAUUUAAAGUUUGAUGAAUUUGUGGAGCUCCACACAAUCCCCUUUCCUCCUCAGUCACGUGUCAACAACAACAAACAAAGUGAUCACAACAACUAACGCACACAGCUGCUCUCUAUUGGUAAGAAGCAGAGUGAGUUCUGGAGCUGUGUUGCCUCAGAGGACCGCUGGCUGUUCCACUAAAACCACACAUGCCAUUCUUUGUUUUGACUUUGUCAUGGGUCGGACAUUUUUACACACAAAAGUGAUACAUUAUGAAAUAAAUACAUUAUGAAAUAUGUUUUCUUGUUAACUUUAACACUAGCAGUCCGUAUAUUCUGUUGUCCAGAUGUAACUGAGGCUUGAAGGAGACGUCUCUGGACACUACAGGGUUAACAGAGUGGUUCCUCAGCCAAUUGUGUGUGAGUGUGUGUGUAUUUGGUGCUCGUCGUUGGAAAACUCAGAAACCUCAACCGCUGUGGCUGAACAACAAUGUGUGUGUGUGAAAAUGACAGUCACAGUCUUUCACUUAGCAAAACAUACAGCAAGUGUCUUUAUAACACACACACACACACACACACACUCAGUGUCACAUGUCCGUGGUGCUGUUCCGCUGUGACAUCGUCGUGCUGCUGCGUGCCUCUUCGUCGUCAAGGCGUUAACUAACGCUCGAGUUUGGAAAUCAAUUCACACACAUUGGUGUGAAUGUCGUCUGCUUCCUGUUUCCAGACGCAGUGGGUCGUUAUGUAUCCGGUCCAUUUGAGGCUCAUGACUGAGCAACAUGUCUGAUGCCAGUUAAUGUGAACCUGCGUUGUGUGUGUGGGGGUGGAGGAGGAGGGGGGAAUGCAUCAAUGUUUGUUUUUGCACCUUAUACAUUUUCUACUCGUAUAUCUCAGACCGUCUCCGCCUUGGGGACAGACAUGCUUGUAUAUAUAUUAAUAAACUUCCAGACAAAUGACUGCUUUA